AUGGCUGUGAAACACUCUCUAGAGAAUGACAGAGCUGUGAUGAAUAUGUGGGGAUACGUAUUCAUGAACGUGCAGAUGCUUCGCACUGCCCUGGAUACGUGGAGACCCGAUUUUCCUGACGGCAACAAACGCCUUGCUCUUGUUGGAGAUAAGGUUCUCGCACUGAUUUUUGAUCUUGAUGGAUAUUCCAGGAAUGAUACGCGAGUUCUGAAUCCGUCCCAAUCAAGUGUUUCAAAUGAUAUUAUGGCGACCACCGUGGAAGCUCUGGUGGGGGCUAUCUACCUUGACAGCGGUAAUCUGGAGGUUGUCAAGGCAGCGAUGAUCGAAUUUGGCAUCAUGCAAGCCGAGACUGAAGUUUAA